AUGCUUGUUUCCGCAGUUGGGCACGGCAACGCACUGCGUGAGGACGACCACUUAAGUGUGCGAAGGAAGGGAGUGUACAGGGCAGUGCAGGACUCGGUUGACAGGGUGGCGAACUGCGCAGCAGAGGUUCACAGGGCUGCUGCUACUGGUGCACAGGGUGCGGUGGUGUGGCUGAGGCAGUUGGAUGCUGGUGAAAUGUAUGGUGGAGCUGCCUGGUUGUUCAGAGGCUCAACAGGGUUGUUUCGACAACAAGGGGUGUAA